AUGUGGUCCCUUGCCAGUGUGGGUCUUGCAGUUUUAACAAGUGCCUACAAAGAUAGUGGAAUUGGCUGGUUACUUCCAAGUUAUAUUGAUACCCUCCAGAGGGAUAAUAAGGGACUGAAUGAAGGCUGUCCACAAGCUUUUGUAUCUUAUGAAGAGCUCAUCUCUCGUAGUGAAAGCACAGACAGAGCUGUGCAGUGGGCUGAGGAUCUGCAAAAUUCCAGAGAUAGACUUGUAGUGGGCUGUGAUAGUGGCACAGCACUGCUGUCCUCCACCAGCAGCUGCUUGAUUAAAUGGUGGCUGGUGGAAGCCUACUUCUGCCUGCUUCCCCUGCUGGUUCUGGUUAAGCAAAUGAUAAGCUCAACCACUCAGGACAUGAAUUACACAUACCAGCCCCACUAUGUUUCCCUAAUAUGCAGUUGUGGAGCUGUCAGUGUCCUCAGGGUGCUGCUCAGUGGCCCUGUGCUGCUGCUGCUGGUCACUGGCCUAAUGCUGGCUGGCCUGGUCACUGCCCCUGCUCAGCCAUUGGCUGCCUUGCUGUUCAUGGGCCUAGCUGCUCUGCCUUUGUUCUUGCUGCUGGGUUUGCUGCUGUAUCAUGUGAGUGUGACUGGACACUGCCUUCGCAUCUGUGUGGCCACUCCCUCCACCCACAGUGACCGUGUUGGCAAUGGCAGAGUCUUCAGCAUCUCAGGAUGGUUGUCUGCUCGUUAGUGUCAUGAGACCACAUCUAGCAUCAUCAUCCUCAUCUGA